AUGACAUUCAGUGAUGUGGCUGUGGAGUUCAGUUGGAAAGAAUGGAAGCUUCUGGACCCUGCUCAGAAGGCUCUGUACCAGGAUGUGAUGUUGGAGAACUACAGAAACCUGGUGUCCAUCAGGUAUCAACCUAAGAAAUCUGAUGCACUCCGCAGGUUGGAACGAGGUGAACAACUGUGGAUUAACUUCCCUGAACACCAGAGAGAAAGCUUUUCAGUCCCGAACGUUGAUGGUCACCUGUUUGGACUCUUGUCUAAUGAAAGAGUAUUACUCAGACCGGAACACAGUAACCUGAAUUCAUUGGAAAAUACUUACCAAGGACACUGA